AUGGCGGCCAAGGUGGCUUUGGUGGCCGUCCCGGCGGUGCUGGGAAUAGCCUCCAUCAGAGUGUACACCAUUAGUGAAGUGCCAACUGAAGGUCUCAUUACUCGAGAGAAGCUGAACAUUUACACCCCAGUGACAAAGUCUGCUGAGGCCCAGCUUAUUCCUGAUCAGCCAGGGCUGGUCGAAAGUUGCCUAAGUACAGCGAGAGAAGGCCUACUACCCUUUGUCCAUGUGUUGAAGGGAGCCUGUGUGUCUGUGAAAAGAGGAAGUGUAAAUAUAUACCACGCUGGAGAGGAUGUGUACUAUUACUUGAAAGAUCCUCCCCCGGGUUUCUUACCCAGGUUUGGCACAAUCACUAUGGCUGGGCUACUUGGCAUGUUCUUGGCACGCAAAGGUUCUCGUUUGAAGAGGAUCGCAGUUCCAUUAGGUCUCAUGAGUGCUGGGGCAUCAGUGUGCUACCCUGCCCAAGCUGUGGCUGUCUUUAAGGUGACAGGAAAGAAGAUGUAUGCUGCAGGCCAGUGGAGCCAUGCUGCUGUGUCUUCAUUGCUCUCCUCUAAGGCUCCAGAGCCUGAUGCUUUUCCACAGCCACAGGCUGCGCCACCUCCAGACGCUGCAGUGGUUGACGAGCCUCGUCACGCCUCAGAGCCAGCCUCGGCACAGCACGCUGCCAUCUCAGACACCGAGACGGGAUCAGUGGAGUGUGUUCCAACCGCUGAUAAACUCAUCAUUGCUAUCGCAGCAGAAGAGAUGUCAGUCACAAGCACAGAGAUCUCAGCCGAGCAAGUCCCUGCAGAGAUAGCUCCUGAAGAAUCACUUCACUCUGUUCAAAGUGAGGUGCCUCAAGCCCAUGAAGAAGCAGCAGAGGGCGCUCUUGCUUUAUCUGAAGAUCCAGUAAAAUCAUCAGAGGUCACCUCAUUUGACGGGCCACCUACUGAGGCUUUGCCUGCUGAGCCCACACCAAGUUCAGAACCUGAGACCAAGGAGUUUGCUCAAGUUGAAUCGUCUCCAGCUAAGGUUCCUGCUUGCAUAGAGGAGCCGCCUACUCCAAAGACCUCAAAUGAACCAUCAGGAGAAACUGGGUUUACACCGGAUCCAGCCCUCUUGGACUUUGGCCAGUCUAAUCCUGAGGACGAAGACCUGUACAGCACUCGCUGA